UUCCUGUCCAACACGAAGGCAAUUGAAUAUUUCAAAAUAAGAUUACUUUGCGGUAACUAGUUUAAUCAUCUGCGGAAAUAAACUGCCAGAAAACGACACAAUGUAUAUCUUCGUUCAAUAAAAGUAAUGUAUAGUGCAAAAAUAAGCAUAAUAUGUUAUGGGUGGUUUAAAAGCAACUGCAUCGUGACGCGGUGCUUUUAGUUUGAAACACUGUAGAAUUUCUGGAUAUGUUAGUUUUCAUUUCCAGGUCAGAGUCAAUAGCGCUGUUGCUGUCGUCUUUCUGCUGUCGUCUCCCCCCCAUUACCAGUCCCCUAAACAAAAUUUCACCCUAAAGUUUGCUUUUUAUCCACGACGACUUUGCAGCGUUUGGCCGUCGACGAGCCGCAAUGGUGUUCAGAGUGACUGUCAACGGCGCGAGGAGGGCGACGAGGACGCUGUGGCUGCUGCUGCUGGUGAUCCUGUCUGUGGGCAUCUGCGUGUGCCGAGCAUCAUCAUUAUCUCCGGAGGAGAGCAAUUCCAUGGAGAACACCAUCGUGACAGAGAAGAAGGCUGAGGCGAGCCACAGGCAGGACAGCGCAGACCUGCUCAUCUUCAUCAUGCUGCUCACCCUCACCAUCCUCACCAUUUGGCUCUUCAAACACCGGCGCUUCAGGUUCCUGCACGAAACUGGGCUGGCGAUGAUUUAUGGCUUAAUCGUUGGCGUGAUCUUGCGCUACGGCAUCCAUGUUCCCCGGGACGUUAGCAACGUCACGCUGAGUUGCCAGGUUAAUGUGAGCCCUGCCACCCUGCUGGUCAAUGUCAGUGGCAAAUUUUAUGAGUACACACUGAAGGGGGAGAUCAACCCCACUGAAUCGAAGGAUGUGGCCGACAAUGAGAUGCUGCGAAAGGUUACCUUUGACCCUGAAGUGUUCUUCAACAUUCUUCUACCGCCCAUCAUCUUCCAUGCUGGUUACAGCCUGAAAAGGAGACACUUUUUCCGUAACAUGGGAUCCAUCCUGGCUUAUGCAUUUCUGGGAACAGUCAUUUCCUGUUUUGUUAUCGGGUUGCUGAUGUAUGGCUGCGUGACGCUAAUGAAGCAGGUUGGACAGCUGGACGGAGACUUUUUCUUCACCGACUGUCUGUUCUUUGGAGCCAUCGUCUCUGCCACAGACCCCGUGACAGUCCUGGCUAUCUUCAACGAGCUGCAGGUUGACGUGGAUCUGUACGCCUUGCUGUUCGGAGAGAGCGUGCUCAACGACGCCGUGGCUCUGGUUCUGUCCUCAAUUAUAAGUUAUAAUGGCAGGCACGGCAGAGUGGACAGUCCCUGUGGAGAGUCUCAGACCAGUCCAGUGAACGGGUCUAUAGUAGCGUACCAGCCGGAAGGAGACAACAGUCACACCUUCGAGGUGAUGGCAAUGCUGAAAUCUUUUGGGGUUUUCCUCGGUGUAUUCAGUGGCUCGUUUGCUCUGGGAGUGGCCACCGGAGUCGUCACUGCUCUCGUGACCAAGUUCACCAAGUUGAGGGAUUUCCAGCUGUUGGAGACGGCGCUUUUCUUCCUCAUGUCAUGGAGCACAUUCCUGUUGGCUGAGGCUUGUGGUUUCACUGGUGUGGUAGCAGUGCUGUUCUGUGGAAUCACUCAGGCCCAUUACACGUACAACAACCUGUCUCCCGAGUCCCAGGACCGAACCAAACAGCUGUUUGAACUGCUGAAUUUCUUGGCGGAAAACUUCAUCUUCUCCUACAUGGGCCUGGCCCUGUUCACCUUCCAGAACCACAUCUUUAAUCCGAUGUUCGUCGUCGGAGCUUUCCUGGCUGUGUUCUUGGGAAGAGCCGCUAACAUCUACCCUCUGUCAUUCCUUCUUAAUCUGGGACGACGCAACAAAAUUAGAUCCAACUUUCAACACAUGAUGAUGUUUGCGGGACUCCGGGGUGCCAUGACGUUUGCCCUGUCCAUCAGGGACACCGCGACGUACGCCCGUCAGAUGAUGUUUUCCACCACACUGCUCGUGGUUUUCUUCACUGUUUGGGUUUGUGGAGGCGGCACCACCCAGAUGUUGUCCUGCCAGCGCAUACGAGUGGGAGUGGACUCGGAUCAAGAUAACUCUAUGAGUAUCAGUGAUGGAUCGAUAGAGAGAAGAAGCACCAAACAAGAAAGUGCUUGGCUUUUCAGAAUUUGGUACACCUUUGACCACAACUACCUGAAGCCCAUCCUGACUCACAGUGGCCCCCCUCUCACGGCCACGCUGCCUCCCUGCUGUGGCCCCCUCGCCCACUUGCUCACCAGCCCUCUGGCCUAUGAGAAUGAAGGUGAGUUGAAGGACGACGACUCUGACCUCAUCCUGACGGACAGGGACAUGAACCUGACCUAUGGCGACAUCACCGUCAGCACGGAUGCCUCAGGUGCGCACAGCAGCGGCGGCGCAGCCUUUUCCGGCAUCGGCGCCGACGACUUGGACAGAGAGCUCGCGUACGGGGAUCACGAGCUGGUGAUGCGGGGCACGCGCCUGGUGCUGCCCAUGGAUGACUCGGAGCCGCCCUUCUCCGACCCCCAGCACCGCCUGCGGAUGUGAGGACAAGUCUUUUAAAGCGCAGACGCAGACAACCGUCCCAUCUCACACUGACCCAAGCCACCGAGCAGCAGACCUGCGCCCGUGUUCUCCUCUAUUUCAUUCUGCCGCUGAAUUCUUUGUUUUUCUCUUCAAACAUUCCUCUCGCUUAUUUUUCCACACAUUUCACCCCCCCUCCCCACAGUGGCAAAUCACUGUCUCUACCUCAUUCCUGUUCUGCUCGUUCUCUGCACCUUUCUGAACUGUAAUAUAUAUUCAUAUUUAUUUGCAGGGUUUCUUUGGCAUUCAUUUUGAAAGUCAGAGUUUCUCCCAGUUUGGCUUAAAGUUGUGUGCCAAUCACCUUACUGUAGCAUCGCACAGGGGUCUAGCAGCAUGUGUUUGUGUGUAAAUGCAAGUACCAACCACUAUCUAAUUUGUCAACGUACAGUAUAUCACAGGAGUACUAUAACUUUGAUGAUGCAUGCUGAGGAUGCUUAUUGUUUUCUUUGUGUGUGAGGUUCGAGGGCUUUUCUGUUUGUUGAGGUCCGACCGUGUAAUUGUCGCUGCCUUCUCUCUCUGUGUGUCAGAGACGCGCUGACCCAGUUGACAACUUUACUGUACAUGUGGUUACAAUUAAGUGCCUGGGAAUUGUAGUUUAAAGUGUGGGCAACCCAAACUGGAUCGUGGAGGCUGUGGGCAGUCGUGCACUUAUCGUUUUCCCCUUUUUUUAAAGAAAAAAAGAAGAAAUCCCAAAAAAAACCUCUCUAUUCAUAAGGUAGCAAUAUAAGGUAGUGGGUGUUUGGGCUGUCAGUUUGUGCUGUUUACCUGUAACAAUGUAAUCUGGCAGUGAAAGACGUGGAUCUCUCCCAGUGACCUUUGACUGUGACACGGUGAGGGACUUAUUUUAGAAGCUGACGUUGCUCUCGACGGGUCAAAUCGCUCUCGUUUGAAAAGAAGAUAUUUAAAUGAAGGAGACUCUGUGCCAUCUCUGUCCUGCAUUUUGACUUUUUAACAAGGAAAAAAAAAAAAAAUGCAGUUGACAUUGUGUUUUCUAUUAUUUUUGCAACAGAUCUGAAAUAUUUUAAGCUGAAUCACAUACUCGUUGACAUCCACACGCGCUCUUUUUUGAGACUUAACCCUGCUUUCUUGUGAAUUUGACACGAAAAGUAACUUUUUUUCCAAUGUUAUUCCAAAAUAUUUUCAUUGUCCAUCACUCCAGCAGUUGUGUUCGAUCGAUCGAUCAUCGUUUGAUCUAUUUGCAAUCAAUUAAGAAUUUAAAAAAAGUAUUUAGAGCUGGAUGCAGUGCAUCCUUUUUUUAUGGGUACUGUGAUGAGUUUAUGAUUUAAAGGAUUGCAAGAAUAGAACAGCACUAGUUGUUUACAUGUGGGACGUUUGUCCUCCGCCGUCCUCUUGGACUGAUGUCUUGAUCGUUCAGCAGGAUUUUUAACGGCAUCGAUGCACAAAAAAAAAAAGAGUUACUGUUACCUUUUUUAAGUUAUAGUUUUACUUCAAGUCGAUCGUUGAGGCUAUUUUGGUGGGUGUACAAGUGGAAUAGAAGGUUGUGUGGAGUAUAGCAGCUGUUAACCGCGGUGGGGGGGGGUUAGUUAACAGGGAAUGUUGAUAGGACGUCACCAUGGCAACACUGUGUUGAUGUGGACAGACGCCAGGAAAGUCUUUGGUGACUGAGCAGAACACAACAAUUUUGUGGUUUACCCUCGCGAUGAGACAAAGUCGAAAAAGGUUGGCGUGUGCAUUAAAAUGGAUCCAAAGUAACAAGUGAGAAAAUAAGUUGAUGUAAGAAUGAAAAGAAUCAGGAAGGAGAGUUAGGCCGAUGUCUGUGCGUCUCUUUGUAUCUUGGAGAUGAUACUGUUAUCUUCUGCUGUGCAGGAACUUCUUAUUGAAAGUGUUGACUUUUUUUUUUGUGUUUGUUUUAAUCAGGCAUGCCUCCUGACAUUACUUUAUCCAGGAAAUGAUGAAUUCUUCCCACCACAUUAUGAAUUUUUGUUGUUAUUGCCGAAUUUUAUGUUAUCGAAGGGAAACUGAAUGAUGUGAAGAAGAAGAAGAAAACGCUGAAUGAUUUGCACUCUGUCCCUCUGUUUUUGUUUUGUUUUCUAUUCAACAGCUGCUUUUUUUUAUGACGUACCGUGUGUUUUGGGUUUUUGGUUGUAGAAGAAUAAUCAGUUUUAAUGCAGGGUUUAAUGAAUGGUGACGUAAUAGAGUUGAGUUGCUUUCGUUGAUGUUACUUGGUGAAGGAAUCAUUUCCAUUUACUGUAGUGUAGUGGCAGAAAUGUCAUACUUAUACCCCCCCCCCGUGUUAACAUUAACACAACAACAGGUACUUUGUGUGUGUAUGUGUGCAACGAGCUGCUGUUUAAACGCUGUUCUGUUGCCAUGCCUUUAACAGAGCAUGACCAUUCAUUCUCCACAGAUGGUGGACUCUGGGAAAAGAGAAAAAAAAACAAAAACGUAUAUACAAGGAGAAUUGUUUUGCCGCUGUUCUUUAACUGACAAAAAAAAAAAUGUGAAACCUGCAAGAGCUCCUAUAGGUUUUCGGUAUUUGCCUCCUGCUCUGCUGGUGUGUGUUUUUCCUCUCUCUGUUCUCUGAAUGGUGACCUGUGAUUGGCUUUGACCAUUGGAAAUCUUGUCUGAAGUAGCUGACCAAAGAGGCCUGCUGUGCUCCGUGUUUUCAGACGACCCAGUCUAUCUUUAUACUGCAAAUUCCAUGUGUGUGCGUGCGUGUGUGUGUGUGUGUAUGACUGUGCGUGCGUGUGUGUGUGUGUGUGUGUUAGAGAGAGAGGAACAUGCGAGACGUUGUGUUCUCUCUUUUCCUCCGUGUUGCAGGUACUGACUGUUUACAUCUGUUUAAAUAUACUCACCUGUUCCUGUGCGUGCAACGGUCAAUAAAAAAGAAGCCUGUGCUUUUGAUUAAAGCCUU